CGUCCCCCGCGCGACGCGACGUGACGCGUCCACACUAUCCCUAGCAUGGCGGCUCUCCCGCGGCGUGACACGGACUCUGGCGCGUCAGGCCAAACGCCUCCCCUUCCCGAUGCACACUGUAGCUACUUGCAACUUGCGCAAGGAGUAUCCCCGAACGCAUAUUUCCUUUCCUUCGUCUACCUCCAGCAGCAUCAGCGGCGGCGGCAGCUGGAUCCUCCCUCCCGAGACUGAGAGCACGGCAAGAUUUGCAAAAUUGCAAGGCGAGUAGUUGCGUGAGACUGAGUUUUUGAGUGAGCGAGUUAGCCAUGCUGGUAAGGAGCGCCUCCACGCCGGUUCUCGGCGCGCUCCUCCCGUCCGGGAGCCACUCGCCGGCUGUCUCCUCCCCGGCCGUCCACUUCUUCGCCGACUCGUCGCCGACGGUCUCGUACCACCCGCCGACCAUCUCCUGCCGGCUCACGCCAGGCGGCUCCGACGCCCACGACCGCUCCCUCGGUGGCCUGCGCCGCGCUUGCUCCGAUGGGAACCUCGCCGCUCUAGGCGCCAGCGGGGACGACGACCACCACCACCACCUCCCGCCGUCCGGCAAGUGCGCGCCGCGCUCCAAGCCAACGACGCUCGAGACGAUCCAGUCGUUCACGCAACGCGGCGGCGCUUCCACGGACGAGGAGGAGGAGGAGGACGACGACGACGGCGACCACGAAAGCGCGGAGCAGGAGCUGAGCUUUGGGAAGUUCCGCUUCAGCGGCAGCAGCACGUUCGCGCAGGUCGAGCACCCGCUGUUCCUCGCCAGAGGCCUCGGGAUCGACCGCCUCGGCUCAGGCUUGCUGAGCGCCGACGGCGGCAGCGGCGGUUCCGACGGCGGCGGCGGCGGUGGCGCCGGAGGCAGUUACCUGGUGACCUCCGACAACGGAGGGAAUCGCUCUGACAUCGAGAUGCAUUACAAGAAGAUGAUCGAGGAGGACCCAUGCAACGGCCUCUUCCUGAGGAACUACGCGCAGUUCCUGUAUCAGAUUAAAGGGGAUAGCCGGAAGGCAGAGGAGUACUACUCCCGUGCCAUCCUCGCCGACCCGAACGACGGCGAGCUCCUGUCGGAGUACGCCAAGCUGGUCUGGGACGUGCACCGCGACGAGGACCGCGCCUCCAGCUACUUCGAGCGGGCAGCGAGAGCCUCCCCGCAGAACAGCCACGUUCUCGCCGCGCACGCCGCGUUCUUGUGGGACACGGACGACGGCGACGGGCCGGAGGGUAGCAGCAGCGACGCGCUGGGCUACGCGGGGUUCGCCGCUGCUGCUGCUCACUCGUCCUUGGCUUCGGCAACAACCUGAUCUGAACAAACGAACAACCUUCCUGUUGUCUCUGAAACUAGCAUGGUGUAGUAUUGGUAGUCUCGCGUUCAUUUCAGUACUAGCUUCCCAAUAAUUGGAGCGCUAAAUGGCUGGUCCAGUAUGUGUGUAUACUGCUGUUGUAAAUCACCAAGCGGAAUCAAGUUUACGACGUAUGAAUGCUGCAGCACUGAUCUGAGCUUCGUGUCACUAUAACCUGUUUAGUUCUCCCAUCUCUGCUGUUUCUGGAUGUUCUGUGCAGUUAACACGAUAUACUCUUUGAUUCA